UUUCAUUUCACUAUUUUGAUUCAUUAUCAAACUCCAAUGUUCAAACUCACUAACAUAGAGAGAGCCACUUCACUGCAAGUUCAAGAACAAGAGAGUUAAUAGUUAACCCAACAAAACAACACUGCAAAAAAUAAUGAGUCUAAACCUCAUCUGGUUCUGGACAGUACUCACCUUUCUGUUUCUGUUUUUUCUAAUGACCAAUUCAGAAUCAGAAAAUGUCAGAAAAGCCCUUGUCACCUUCAUGCAUAAACUUGAACCACCUCAUCAGGAUUCCACAUGGGGUUGGAACCUCACAUCAGAUCCUUGCACUCAUAACUGGCACGGAGUAACUUGCUACACAAACAACCAAUACAUUAAAAGCAUAGUUCUUGAAAAACUUAACUUCACCGGUGUUCUAGACGCGACAUCUCUUUGCAUUGCUAGCAAUCUUCAAUUCCUCAGCCUCAACAACAACUACUUACACGGUUUUAUAUCAGAGGAUAUAAAAAACUGCAAGUUCUUGACACACUUGCUUCUAAGUGGUAACCAAUUCUCUGGCAAUCUUCCUCUUUCCAUUCCUCAACUACGGAACCUGAAGCGCCUUCAUGUUUCCGACAAUCACUUCAUCGGAAAUCUUCCGAAUAUGGUUAAUGUCACAAGCUUGAUAUCCUUUCUAGCUCAAAACAACGCCUUCACUGGUCAGAUUCCUGAUUUUGAUUUCUCAAACUUUGAAGCUUUUAAUGUCUCUAACAACAAUUUGAGUGGUCCUGUUCCUGAUGCUGAAGGUUUUUUUAGUGCAGAUAGUUUUUAUGGUAACCGUAAUUUAUGUGGAAAACCAAUUUCAAACUCUUCAUGUCCACCACCACCUCCUCCUCCAACUCCAAUUGUUACGAAAGACAAAAAUAAAAAUGCAUUUCUUGAUGAUUUGCCAAUUUAUUCAGGUUACAUAGUUCUUGGUAUAAUUUUCAUUAUUUUCUUGAUCUUCAAGUUGUUAAAAAAAUUCAAGACCAAAAAUAAAGAAAAGGUAUUAAAUCAUGUUGAAAAGAAGGACGUGUCAAAAGACACUAGCUUUGUUGUUGGUGGUGAAAAGCUUAGUGAGAUACUGAAUUCCAACGGAUCAAAGAGUUGGUUUAAUGGCCUUGGGAUUAAAUCAGAGUAUUCUAUGACCUCUAUGGAAAGUGGAGUGACUACAUCAGGUCUUGUUCUUCUUUCAAGUAGAAAGCUUAGGGGAUUGCAGUUCGAGGAUCUGUUAAGUGCUCCUGCUGAAUUGAUUAGGAGAGGAAAACAUGGAAGCCUCUACAAGGUUAUGCUAGAUUAUGGGGUGCUUUUGGCUGUUAAGAGGAUCAAGGAUUGGGGAAUUUCAAAGCAUGAUUUUGAGAGAAGGAUGAACUUGAUAGCUCAAGUGAAGCAUCCUCUUGUAAUGUCACCUGUUGCAUACUAUUGCUCUCAGCAAGAGAAGCUUCUGGCUUAUGAAUAUCUUCCAAAUGGUAGCCUCUUCAUGUUGCUCUAUGGUAAGUUGCUAAUAUUCUGGUCAUAACUAGUUUUCAGAAUAUUAUGCUUACUUAUUUCUAUUGGUGAGAUAUCUCUAGUUUCCAUAUACGUUAAAAUAAGCUAAAAAUAAGCUAUCCAUAAGCCACUUAGUUAAAAUGUUGGCCUAAAUAUACAUGCUUGAAUUGAAAUUUAGCCUCAAAGAAUAUAUGUAACAAAAUCUUUUAACUUACCUUUGAUUACUGCAGGAUCUCAAAGUGGACACUCUCUUGACUGGAGGAGCAGACUAGAUGUUGCUGUAAAGAUAGCGGAAGCUUUGGCCUAUAUGCAUUUGGAGCUUGGUGAGAGUGGAAUAGCACAUGGUAACUUAAAAUCAAGUAACAUUCUGUUUAACAAGAACAUGGAUCCACAAAUAAGCGAAUACGGUCUAAUGGUAGCUGAAAACCAAGGUGUCAUGUCGCAUAGAAAAAGCCUCAGAAACAGAAAUAUGUCUCCAGCAGCCACCUUCAGAGCUGAUAUAUAUGCAUUUGGUGUCAUACUUCUCGAACUCCUGACGGGGAAAGUAGUUAAAAAUGAUGGAUUUGAUCUGGUUAAAUGGGUGAAUUCAGUGAUCAGUGAGGAAUGGACGGCAGAAGUUUUUGACCGGUCUUUAAUCUCACAAGGUGCUUCGGAAGAGAGGAUGGUGAACUUGUUGCAGGUGGCAUUGAAAUGCAUAAAUCCUUCUCCAAAUGAUAGGCUAAGUAUGAGUCAUGUGGCACUCAUCACAAAUGCGUUGAAAGACGAAGACGACAAAUCCAUAUCUUUUGACACAUGAUUGAGAGUUUAAUCAUCGUAUCAUAUACUAGUAGUAUUAGAUUUCUACAGCUUAUCUGUCAUCCUGUCUGC